GUGGACGUGGUCGUGGGAGAGGCUUCUAUCGACAAUUUCAAAUUCCCAAAGAUGAGUGUAUGAUCUGCAGAGAAAAAGGACACUGGGCGAAGAACUGCCCCCACCGGCGAGAGGAGGGAGAGACAAGAACUUUCACUGCCGACUGAAAUAGAGAAAGGGAGGAGAUGGCAGACGGGGAGGAGACGACCAAUCAACCCACCGAGGAUCAAAGAAAGGAAAGUGAAUCACACACACACACAGACGCUAAAGCAAUGAAGUAUUCGCUUGCCAAACUAACCGAACACAUACAAACAAGCUACAGCAAUGAAGAACCGCUUGCCAAAUUAACCGCACACACACACACACCAGAUCACACACAACUUUGUGGUACUUAUGUUAAGUACAAUAGUGAUGCUUUUAAGAAAAUGCCACAACUCGAACUGUGUGUUAACGGUCACAAACUUAAUUUCAUGGUUGACUCUGGUGCAGGUUAUUCUGUGGUUAGGACUUCAGAUUUGCCCACAUCUCCUGAGAUGAGUGGUCGCUUUAUACUCUCUCAAGGUGCCAGCGGUGCCACUGUAAAAGAAAACUUCACAAAACCUCUCAAAUGCGCCGCUCAGUUUGACAAACAUCAACAACAUCCCAUAAAGUUUGAACAUGGUUUUCUGUUGUCUCCCUGUUGCCCAAUUAAUCUAUUAGGAAGAGAUUUGAUGAUUGUGUUAGGCCUCAACUUAGUAUCCUCCUCUGAAGGAGUGACGGUUACACACAAUUCUUCUUCACCCACAUUCACAAUGUCUCAGACCACACAUGAGCAGAUGUUUGCAUAUCAGUGGCAACUUCCUAUAAAUGCCUCCACUGAUCUGCUCUCCACGUCGCACUCUCUUGUCACUCCUUUUUCGGAUUUCAUGCACACUGAUUCAUUGCAUUGCACCUCACAUGUGACAAGCACAGUAGAUCACGUUUAUGAAUCUCUGUUUUUGCCUUUUUCUGACGAUUCUCUGAAAGUGUCCAAUGUUUUUUGGUCUGGUUCCAGAAGUGCAGCUUUCGUCUCACUCACUGACCAACAGUUGGCACUGUUUCACGUCUUGAAUUCCAGCCCUCACAUCCCGCUCUCCAAGUCUCAUGAUGACAAGUGGCAAGACUUAGGCCCAUUUGUCAGAUCAUGCCAGGCUGCCGUUGAUUGGCAACCCACAACCAGGCCUGACGUAAUGUAUUCCCCCAGUCUGAGUGCAUUUGAUCUAAAAAUGUCUCCAACCCUCUGUUGUCCAGCCACACGCUCAUUUGUUGUGACUGAAAAUCACCUUCAUUCUUAUGCAAUGUUGUCUAGCCCCUCUGACAUUUCUCCUUUACUUUCAGAUCUGCCUGAAACACUGUGGGCAAAGGACAAAUAUGAUGUGGGCCUCAUCAGAAACUGUGAUCCAGUCAAAAUCACUCCAAAAUCUGAUUACAGGCCAUGUAAACAACAAUAUCCACUCAGACAAGAAGCAGUGGAGGGGAUACGUCCUGUUUUUGAAUCCUUUUUGCAGGCUGGAGUAAUUGUCCCCUGCCCUGAUUCACCGGUCCGCACUCCACUGUUCCCAGUUAAAAAGAUCAGAGACAAAGGUCAACCUACUGAGUGGCGGUUUGUGCAGGAUUUGAAGGCUGUGAAUGAUGCUGUAAUUUUUCGAUCGCCUAUUGUUCCCAACCCAUACACACUGCUUUCCCAAAUUCCGCCUAAUGCAGUGUGGUUUUCGGUUGUAGAUUUAUCCAACGCUUUUUUUAGUGUUCCUGUCCACAAGGACAGCCAGUACUGGUUUGCUUUUAAUUUUGAAAACAAGGCCUACACGUUCACACGCUUAUGUCAGGGCUACUGUGAGUCUCCGUCAUUGUACAAUCAGGCUCUCAGGAACAGUCUUGAACCCCUCAUCCUCACUCCGGGUUCAGCUCUCUUGCAGUAUGUUGAUGAUCUACUAAUUGCCAGUCCCACACAGGAGCAAUGUGAAACAAAUACGAUCGCUUUGCUGAGGCAUCUGGCUCGUGAGGGCCAUAAAGUCAGUCUCAGCAAACUACAGUUUGUACAACAAACUGUCACGUUUCUGGGUCAUGUCGUCACCAAAGAUGGCAAAUCCCUGUCUGAUAAGAGAGUAGAAGCUAUUGUUAACAUGCCAAAACCCUUGACGAAGAAACAACUCAUGUCAUUCAUCGGCACAUGCUCUUUCUGUAGAACGUUCAUUCCUGACUUUGCUCUUCUUGAAGCCCCCUUAGGUGCUCUGUACCACGGCAAAUCACUCACUCCUCAUGAACGUGUCGUUUGGACUCCAGAGGCAGACGAGGCAUUUGUCACACUGAAGAAGACGCUGCAGCAAUCUCCCACUCUUGCUCUCCCUAACCCUGACAAACCUUUUGUUCAGGCUGUGGAUGAGAGAGACCGCUGCAUGACUUCCGUCCUCCUUCAGUCGCAUGGUGACAAGUUUCGCCCUGUCGCCUACUUCUCUGCCAAACUUGAUCCGGUGGCAGCUGGCCUUCCACGUUGUUUGCGUGCAGUGGCCGCAUGUGAAAAAGCCGUUCUUGCCUCACGAGACAUAGUAGGUUACUCUGACUUGACACUCCUUGUUCCUCAUGCUGUGUCUCUCAUUCUUACAGAACAGAAGACCUCACAUCUCUCUGCUGCUCGCUGGUUGCGGUAUCACACUGUUCUUCUUGACAUGCCCAACAUCACAGUGAAACGCUGUUCAACUUUGAACCCAGCCACACUUCUUCCGCUUCCGGAUGACGGGGAAGAACACAACUGUGUGGCUGAACUUCAAGUCCAGUGUUCCCCACGACCUGACCUCUUUGACGAACCUCUUUCUAACUCUGACUUGAUUCUGUAUGUCGAUGGGUCUGCCUCACGUGACCCUGUCUCUGGUACUAACUGUGUUGGUUUCUCUGUUUGUUCAGAUAGCGAAGUCCUCGUCUCGAGUUCUCUUCCUCAUCACCUCUCAGCACAGGCAGCAGAGCUCAUCGCACUCACGGAAGCAUGCAAACUGGCUACUGGUAAAACACUCACAGUCUACACUGACUCCAGAUAUGCAUUCGGUGUAACUCAUGAUUUUGGUGCCCUUUGGCAACACAGAAACUUCCUCACAUCCUCUGGUAAAAAGAUAGCACACCAUGGUCUCAUCACAGAUCUUCUAUCUGCGAUUUUGCUCCCAAAAACGGUGGCUGUAUGCAAAUGUGCUGCACACACACGUGCUACGGAUGUGGUGUCUCGGGGAAACGCCAAAGCAGACACAGCGGCUAAAGCUGCAGCUCGCUUACCACCUCCUCUUUCAAACAAACAAUUGGCUGCACUCACAUCUGACAUGUCCUCCUCUCUUUCUGCAGUACAGUCCACUGCUACUCCUCCUGAGAUCUCCCUAUGGAAGAAGUCCGGUGCUAUUUUCCGAGCUGGUGUGUGGUAUGGUCCUGACAACAAACCCUGUUUGCCAAAACAUUUCUUUCCCCAUUAUGCUAAGUUAUCUCAUGGCAAAGAUCACACAUCUAAAAUGGGGAUGUUAUCUAUGAUAACAGAACAUUGGUUCACGAAAGGUUUCUCCACCUAUGCUCAAAAGUACUGUCAGGCAUGCGUAAUCUGCGCCACACACAACGUUGGCAGGCCAGUGGCUGUAACCAGCCAGGCAGCUCACCAACCACCUACUCGACCUUUUGAACAUCUGAUGAUGGACUUCAUAGAGCUGUCACCAUCAGAAGGUAAAUCUCACUGCUUAGUGAUGGUCGACAUGUGGUCAAAAUGGGUUGAAGCUUUCCCUGCCUCAAAACAAACUGCAAGUGUGGUCACCAAAGCAUUGUUAAGAGACAUUAUUCCACGAUGGGGAAUUCCUAGCAGGAUUUCCAGUGACAACGGCAGACACUUCGUAAACGAAGCUGUCAAACAACUCGGUUCUCAUCUAGGUAUGGAUGUGCGAACACACUGUGCAUAUCAUCCAGCCAGUGGUGGAGCUGUGGAACGAGAGAACGGCACACUCAAAACUAAACUUGCAAAGUGCUGUGAAGACACAGGUCUUGCAUGGACAAAAGUCCUGCCUCUGGUGCUGAUGUACAUGAGGAUGAGAAAACGAACAAGGUCUAAUCUUUCACCUUAUGAGAUUCUUUUUGCAACUCCUCCCCACAUUGGUGUGGCUCCUCCAUCUUCUCCGCUUCCAUCCACAGACUUGUGUGAUGAUAACAUGUUGUCUUAUUGUGCUAACCUAACUUCGUCUCUUUCAGACAUCAGGAGACAGGUGACCUCCUCCCUUCCUCAUCCAGCUACUGAACCGCUUCAUAACCUCCAGCCAGGCGACUUCGUGGUGGUCAAGGACUUCCGGAGAAAGAAUUGGCGCUCACGCAGGUGGCAAGGGCCUUACCAGAUACUGCUCACAACCUACACAGCCGUGAAAGUUGCUGAAAGAGCCACCUGGAUCCACGCCAGCCAUUGCAAACGAGUACCAUCUCCAUCGGACCAGCUGACGCCUUCAACUGAAAGCAUACACACUGAUACUCCCACUGAUUGA